AUCUUUCCUUCUUCCUCAAAGACUUAAAGGUCUGAACACGCUGUGAGAGAAGAUUCAGGGUUUCCAAAGAGACACAACCCGGACUCUCUUCGAUUCCGUAGGAAGUGUCCCAUUUAGCUUCCAGUUUAUCACGCAGAGGAAGUGUGGAGGAUGAGCACAGGCAAUGGGACCAGGAGGAAAGUCGGCAAGCAGCAGCAGCAGCAACAAUUUAACAACAUGGUGGCACCUGACCCUGAAACUCUGGCUGAGAUGCAAGGUCUUUUUAGCAAAGUGAGAACGUAUGUGAAACCAUCCAGUGGGUCUGAGUGGUGCAUUCCUGACCCGAAUGUUGCUCUCAGACACGCACCGGAACAGCACUGCCGUCUGCAGGCCCUGAAGGUUUCGCUGAACGACGUGAAGAACCAGCUCAGUGACAAAAAUGUACAGGUGUGGCAUCAGCACACCAGCUCCACCAAUCGGGCCGGGAAGGUGAUCGGUGUCGUCCGGUCUGCUGCCAACGCAGAGAUCUGCACUCAGGCAUGGUGUAAAUUCUACGAAAUCCUGGGAAACUUUAAUCUUCUUCCAAACGAGGCUCUUCAAAACGGAGAGCUGAACACGGUCCAUCUGUGUGAGGCACCGGGGGCCUUCAUAACCGCUCUCAACCACUACCUCAAAACCAGUGAGGCCACACGAUACUGUGACUGGAACUGGGUUGCUAACACCCUCAACCCGUACCACGAGGCCAACGGGGGAAAUACAACCAUCGCAGAUGAUCGAUUAAUUGCUAACACGCUGCCCUGGUGGUUCUUCGGCUCAGACAACACCGGGAACAUCAUGAUCCAGCAACAUUUGCUGGAUCUGCAGAACUUCGUGUCUAACAUGCGGAGGAUUGAUUUGGUGACGGCAGAUGGAAGCUUUGACUGUCAGGAGAACCCCGACGAGCAGGAAGCGCUGGUGGCGUCACUACAUUACUGCGAGGCCGCAGCUGCUCUGCUGCUCCUGAGCCCCGGCGGCUCCUUUGUACUAAAAAUGUUCACCCUGUACGAACACUCGUCUGUCUGCUUGCUCUACCUGCUGAACUGCUGUUUUCAGUCUGUCACUGUCUUCAAACCCGCCACCAGCAAAGCAGGAAACUCUGAGGUGUAUGUUGUGUGUCUGAACUAUGACAACAAGGAGGCUGUGAGGCCUCUGCUCUCAAAACUGAUUCGUAAUUAUGGAUCACAACUAGCCGACAGAGAGGCACUUUUCCAGAAUUCUGUAAUCCCAGAGUCGUUCAUGAGCCAGCAUGUGGAAGUGUGCUCAUACUUCCACACCCUGCAGGUAGAGACGAUAUCAGAGAACCUGCAACUGUUUAAAGGUAUGAGCACAGAGGAGAGGCAAAGACUCGACCACAUCAGGGACUUUGUGGCUCAGGAGUACCUACAGCGCUUCCAGGUGUGCUUUCUCCCGCGAAGCCGAUGGAUUUCUCGUAACACCGUGAUUCCUGCCUGCUGCAGCGUGUCAGCCGGACGACCUCUGGGACAGAAGAAGCAAACGGGCUCCUUCAAUGAGCGGAGGGAAUUGCAGACCUUAAGCUGGAGGGAGCGUGUUCAGAGGGGUUGCCAUGCCACCUGGAUACAGAGACACUGGACUGAGGAGAGUGGGAAGGACUGCAAGCUGGAGGGACCCCUGUCCAACUGUCAGGUGGAUUCGUGGUAUGUUAUUGUGGGGACUGCUCUGCCUGCAGUCAGAAACUCUCCGUUCUGUGAUGGAGGGUUGUUAAACCACUUGAACGAAGCACUGAUGGACACAGCUGUAGACUGGACCCACGUGACUCCUUGUGACUCUUGCCAUGUGGUUUGCGCGUCCUCCAUUUUGUCAGAGGUUGCAGGCCAGUGUGCCUUUAAAGCCGACAAUUUAGGGGGCAAAAGGAGGACGCAGUGUUUGGUGUUUGGCAGCUGCUCGGUUUGGGGGAUCUCUGAUAGCCAAGUUGAGGAUCUAGUGUUAACAUUUUCUGCAGAGCCUUCAUUUCCUGAAAGAGGCUCCGUGUUGCUGCACGAUGGUGAGCCACUGUAUCAGCGGCAGCUCUUAAGUUGUGUUAUGUUUGCCCUGCAGAGCCUGAGCUCUGGGGACGCCCUGCUGCUGCCUGUGAUUUCUGCCCUCACCCGUGUCACGGCAGCCGUCGUGCUCUGCCUGCACGCAUGUUUUCGCUCCGUCUCCUUCAAGUGCCCUCCCCCCUCUGGAGGGGUUGGGACGGUGCUGGUGUGUGUUGGUUUCUGCCCUGAAGCCGCUGCCCAAAUGCUGCUGGUUCUCGCCGAAGUCCAGGAGAGCAUGAGCCAGCUGUUAAGAGAUGAGGAGGGUAAAAAUGAGCCUGGUGGAGGCGACAGACAGGUGCUGCAGUUUGUUCCCAUGGAGGAGCUGCUCACUGGAGGACUGACUGACUUCCUGUGGACCGUGAACUCUGAAAUCAUCCAACGGAAGCUGCAUCUGCUCAUGCAGGCAUAGCGCGCUUUGGUGGGCUGUCACUGUGGUAUGCACUUUUUCGCUUCAGAAGCGGUUUAAUCAUGUUACAGUCCAGUUUAUUUGCUUAUGGAAUCAGCAGACUGCUCAGCUGCAUGAGCUUUCAGCAGUUAGUCACCGAAUCGCUUUCGCAUGUUGAUAUGAACUCAUCUGAUUUAACAUUACACUCCUCUCACUUAUUUAUUACAACACACCUCCAGAUAUUCAGAUUCUUUAGUGUGCUUCAACUCGAACCGAUGCUGGCAGUCAGAAGACGUUUAUCAGACUUGUCUUGAUAGGUGCAGUCACAUGUGAGACAUCUAUCAAGUGGAGCCACAAACGUGGCAUGGCUGAAAAUGCAAAUUACUCUCAGUACUUGAUCAGCAGAAAAUGUCCAUGACCAAAGUCUCAGAGGGAUUUCAGGAUGCUAAAUAAACAGCGGUCCAGCUGUCUGCACCAAACCUCCUGUUGGUCACGGAUGUUUUGAGUUGACAUCACAGAGAGCCUGAAGUGCCUGCUAUUUUGCAUCAACACGAUGUUUAAUCCCACUGUGUUGAGUAUCUUUUUAUCUUCUAUGCAGCUCUCCGUCAGAUUACUGUUUUCGGUUAAUUUCAUUUGUGUCCAGUGAGGAAAACUUUGUACUGUCAACGGACAGAAAAAAAAGGUUCCAUCUGUCAUGCUCUGCACAGCUGGAGGGGGAGUGUUGUGGGAUUUGUAUUAUUUGUCGUCUUUUUAGUUUGUUUAUUCUGUUUUUUCAGUAUAAUUCGAAUUAGGGGUAAAUUUUGUUAUAAAAAUAAUGUAAAAAAAAAAAAAGGACAUGGAGGGUUUCUGUUCUUUAAAAAUGCUAGUUUACUUAAUAGUCUGAAGAUAACCCAAGUAGUGUAUUAACUCCUUAAUGUCUAGUGUAUCAUAUUUGAUACAUACAGUUUUUGUGAGUUUUUGAGACGUAUACAUCAUCCGUGUGAUUUCCCCCCCCCUCCCCCCCAGUGAAAAAACAAAAUAAAUUGCACAAUAUUCUCAAGCAAUAAAUUGCAAAAAAUGCAUGAUACAAAAGAAAUUUUAUAUUUGCAAAUUAAUCUUUUUUCUCAGAAGGUUCAAUAAACACUAAAUUUAAAAAAAGAAGAAUUUUCUGGCCGUUAUUUCAUGGCUCACACAAGAGUUAGCAAGUUAGUUCCAAGCUCGGAUAAAUGAGGUUUGGAUACUUGAUUGGUUGAGACCCGGGUUAACAACACACGUUACUUCUCUGGGUUGGAUGUAGUUCAUGGUGUGACAGAAGGUUGAUGCUGGGGACAAAGUGAGAUAUAGGCAGAUGUUUUUUGAAGCAAACUUUAAAAAGGAGCGUCCAAAAGAUCAAGAUGAUCUGGAUAGUUGUUGAAGUACAUUUGGUCCUGUGCAAAGUUCUUGAACUACUUGUCAUUUCUUUAUAGCUUGUUAGGAAAUAGGUGCAGCAAUUUUUUGUGAUGUACAAACAUUUGUGGAAACAGAGUAUUUCCCAAGUGACUAAGCUGGACUUCCACCACCAUCAUAUUGUAGCUAUUGCUUUAUCUGUUCAGCCAUUGGUGGAUAUGUUUAUAAUACACCACUUACAUUUCUAUAACCUAGUGUCAGCAUCUGUGGAUGUAGAAGAAGCUGUUAAAUCACCCUAACUGCAGAAGGUUCACCUCAGAGGUUUCAGAAAAACAAACCAAUAAAUUAAGCCGGUAAAAAUGGUUGUUUAUUAGUUCAGACAUAAGUUUGCAACCAGGAUGGUGACCCUGAAAUAAUCUGAAUAAAACAGUACAAACCUUUCAUGUGAGUAUAGGUCGAGUGAGAUUAAUCUGUAAUAUAGGUCAGUAAUGGGGGUCAAACCAUUUAAAAACUGCCAUUGUGAAAACUAAGUUGUCUGGAUUUUCAUUAUUUUGUUUAAUAGCGUUCGUGUUUGAUUGCAGAUUAUAGCUGAAAACUGGAUCACUGACAAAAUCGGAAAGUUAUAUUCCACUAAUCUUUUUUUCCCUGUGUGCCCGUCUCCAUUAAGAUCACCACCCCACACAAUUUAGACCAGAGAUUCAUACAAAUGUACGGUUUAGGAGAUUUAAUCCAGCAAAAAUAGGAAAAAAAAAAUGGGUAGGUUUGUUUAAAAAGUGUGUGUAAGAGAGAGGCUGGGUUGUGUAACUUCAAUAUAUUUCUUUCUCUGUGUAAUAUUCUUCUCCAUUCUGCUUUUGCAAAUUAUGCACUCACACACACAUACACACUACCAAAUAACUGAGUGUGUGUUGUUUCUGUUGAUUCUGACCACGGGCCACUCUGGACUUGAAGUCAUGCACGGUCAGGUAGUUAACUCAGUUCGACUCUCAGCAGUAAGAAAUCUGCGAGACAGCGAGGCUUAGACGGGCGAUCGGCUUGAGUGAGGAGAGAGACUACGUCAGCAAACAAAAGAAUUUGAUUUUUGCUUUUAUUUCAGGGUUGAACGGAGAUUCUCCACUUGCUCCUAUGUCUGCAGAGUAAAGAUGUUGACAGUGAAACUCUCAUUAUGCAACAACAACAAAAAAUAAAUAAAUAAAGACAGCAGGAAGAUGCUGGUGAGGAGGACAUGUUCAUCAGAGGGAAUCAGCUCAGUUCAGUCAGUUUUCUUUGUCUGAUCUCACUUUCAGACAAGCUGUCUUGCUUGUUAGUCUCGCUCUACGACUUCAAUCGCUAAUCUGUGACAGAAAUAAAAUGGGUUGCAGUAAGGAAAGUAUUAACAUUCCUCAAAAACAUACCUGUCAAAACAAAAAGACUACUAAACUCUUGGUUUUAUUCCGUGCCUAGUUUUCAUAAUCCUUUUUCACAUUAAAUUUGCAAAGUGUUAAAAAGCUCCACUUCUGCAGCAGGUUUUUACCUGAUCAACAGUGUUUUUCACCUUUAGGCCUCACGUAACUUCAAGGCUAAAGGGAGUCAAAUAAAACACCCUGCUGAGGGUUAAAUGUCAAACACAUGAUUGAUACAACAGUACAAUAAAACUGGCUUUUUUUGUCUUUUUCUUUUACAAAAUACCCUCUGUCCACAGUUAUGCAUUUUUUCUAAUCAAACUAUCAGAAAGCAAAUAAAAAGACGAUCAGAAUAUAAAACAUGAUCAAAGGGUUUAAACCUGAAUUACCAGCGGGGGUGUGACUCCUCCGAUUACAAAAACAAGUCUGUGUGUUUAUUCAUCAAAUCCCCAAAAGGAAAAUAAUUUCGUAAUAGAUCCAUCUCACCCUGAUCACCUACUCUUUGAGAUGAUAAAGGAGAUACCGAACAUACAGGUACAGAAAAAUCAAAACAAGGACAAAAAGACCAGUUUUACUGCAGAGCUGUACAUGCAUUAAUGCUGCAAUAUCUAUAUGAAUUCAUCUGUGCAAUAAGGGUUUAUGCAGCCUGGGAGGCUGGUUCCUUUUGUUUUUUGUUAAUUUUGAUCUCUUCAUACACUUUUAUAUAGUUUCUAGGUUUUAUGAUUGUUGUGAGUGAUCUUUGCAUUGCUGAAAUUGGACUUAAUUUUGCUGUGCAUGUUACAGUGACAAUAAAGAUUCUAUUCUGUUCAUUUAGAAUAAAACCGAUUUGAAGGUAAGCUAAAAAGCUGCUUCUGUACCUCACUGUUUGUUUUAAAAAAACAACAACAAAAAACAAAGACAUUGUGGCCAACAUGCCAGAGUUGAGGACUGAAUAUGGUAGUAAUGGGUGACAUCAUGGGGGACUACUUCCAUCUAUGGUAAGACAGUCUUUUGUAUGCCUAUUACUAACGAACAGCUUCUCCUCAGUUGUUUUGUCAGGUCCCACCUGUCUGCUUGACAAAGCAGUUCCAUCAACCAUCAUCACUUCAAUGAAUAUAUCAGCAUGUUUUCCUUCAUGAUAUUUGGUCAGUUGAUGAAGCUGUCAAAACAGAUGUUUUGCCAGAUGCUGUAUCAUCUUUGUGAUAGAAGAAGAUAAAAUUGGAACAAAGAGCUCAAUAUCUGCUGAAUGGUCUACCGGAGUUCUCAAAAUCCUCAACUAGGCGUAGCUCAUACUCACGGCAGAUCUGUAACAUUACAAACAUCGUUGAAGAAAAUUCAUUUUUCUCAAUCAAAGCCUUGAUAAGUCUGACUUCUUAUUUUCUUGAGUCUUUGAAAAUGUUGCCUAUAGGCCUCUGGCACAAGCUCAUAGACUUUGAAAUGGCAACUUCGAGUUUCUUAUGGUCAAGACAAACAGACUUUCUGAGCCUUGUGUGGACCGCACAUCCUGAAGCUAGUGCAGUGUGCUAGCUAUCAGCUCAAAGACCUCAAAGUAACAGAGGGUUUAGACUUCUGUGUUAAAUCUGAGCUAUAGCCUACGCCGUAACCUGACGUGCAGGUUUCCUUUAUCCCUACUGCAACUCGUCUCCUUAAUGGUAAAUAACUGUCUUGUGGCUUUUUAUUAUUGAUUUGUUUACUCUUAUUGUUGCCCUUGCUACUAAACUAAUUUCCCCUUGUGGGACGAUAAAGUAUUUAAUUGAAUAUUGUUGCUGGAUUGAAACACAAGAGCCCUGAAUAACCUACCCCCAACAAGGAUGUAACUCCACCAAGGAUUAUUCAGAAAACAAAGACAAAAUUAAUGAGUGAUCAUCAGGAAGGUUCCUGUUUAUAGAUUUUAGAACCAGAUCUUACGGAUGAUUUCAUUCAUCAAUAAUUUCUCAUUUCCUGUAGUUUGUAAGAAAUUGCACCAGGUUAAGCUGUGCUUUCAUCAUAACCAAUAAUGGCAACCAUUAUUAUUGAACAGGAACUUAAAAAUAUCAGCUAAGACUUCCAACAAGGAGGUCACUGGGAAGUUCUGGAGUUUUAUACAGCAGGUGACUUCUGUAUGAAAAGAGAAGUAGAUUAGUUUGUGUAGUAGACAACGUCUGAAGACUUUGAUCCACAGGGAGAGCGAGCCCUUCGGCUGAGCUAACACAGUUACUGAGAGAAUAUCAGAAUGCCUGUUUAGCACAACCACAGAUGAGUCUGUCAGACAAUGGUAACUCGAGCUGGUUCAGAAGUCCUGGCGAGUGAUGAUUAGAAAGAAACAGGUAGGUAGAGCCAGCGCAUGUCCACCUCAGAGCUAAGGAGAGAUCAAGGAGAAAGUGUUAUGGUUCUGGGUCUUUUACACUGCAUUUUAAAAAUUUUGGACAUUUGUUGAUCCUGAUGAUUAUCAGUUAUCCUCAGUUUGUUUCUUAGUUUGUUGUUGUGUUUUUAAGCUUAGUGAUUUUAUUGCAGUUACUGUUAUGUUUUUGAUAUUUCUUCUUUCAUGUUACCCCGCCUUUCUUGUGUUCCCCAUGUUUUGUCAGGUUGAUGUUACCCUGUCUCCCCUUUGCCUACAUCUCUUCGUUUAACUAUUUAUUCCCUCAGGUUGUCUUUGUUAGUUGUCACAUCAUCCUAUUUCUUGGUUCUUAGUUUCCUAGCUCCCAGUGUGUUUUUAUGGAUUUCGCUUCACCUUCAAUAAAACAUUGUUUUCAUUGGA